AUGGGGGAUGCUGAUGGGUUGUGCCCCUACUGCAUUGAGUUCACGCGCACCAAGCUGGCAGACCUCUUCAAGACCGGCCUGGCCGCCAUCACGGAGCUGGACUUCAUCCCCUCUGGCAACGCAAGGCUCCGCGAUGACGGCAGCAUCGCCUGCCAGCACGGGCCGAACGAGUGCGCCCUGAACAAGGCCAUCGCGUGCGCCCUGGCCUUUGCCCCCAGCCAGGACGACUGGUUCCCCUUUGUCGAGUGCAUCGAGGCCAAGGCAAAAGACGACGCCGGCCUGGACGUGGCAAAAGCGGCGGACGCGUGCGCUGUGCACGCGGGGCUGCUGCCCAGCCGCGUGCUGGGAUGCUACAAGGGGCCGCUGGGCGACACCCUGCAGCGCCGCGCCCUGGAGCGCACCGAGUCCCUGGUGCCGCCCCACAAGUGGGUGCCCUGGGUGGUGGUCAACGGCAUACCCCUCUUCGACGACUUCGACAACGUAGCCACCUUCAUCUGCGCCGCGUACAACGGCUACCCCAAGUGA